AUGGCCGACCCCAAGCAACUACCAUACCGCAUCGAAGACCUGGAGGCGCAGCUCAACACCAAGCCCUCACAUCCGCCAGGCGCGCGCCAAGGGUUCGUGAAGCCGCCGCCGACGGCGACGACGGAGCUGGAGUCGCACGAGAAGCCGCCGCUGGAGACGCUGAUAAACUCGUACGACUUCGAGUCGGUUGCGUCGCGGACGCUGGCGCAGAAGACGUGGGCCUUCUACUCGUCGGCGGCGACGGACGAGAUCACGCGCGACGCGAACAAGAGCAGUUUCGACCGGAUAUGGUGGCGGCCGCGCGUGCUGCGGGACGUUGCGAGCGUCGACACGCGCACGCGCAUCCUCGGCUCAGAGGUGCAGGUGCCGUUGUUUGUGAGCCCGGCGGCCAUGGCCCGCUUGGUGCAUCCCGAGGGCGAGAAGGCGAUAGCCGCGGCGUGCGGGAACAAGGGUGUGGCACAGACGAUCUCAACCAAUGCUUCGUACCCGGUCGACCAGAUUUUGCCGCACGCGCCGGCAGACCACCCGUUCUUCUUCCAGCUUUACGUCAACAGGGACCGGAAGGCGUCGGAGCGGCUGCUGGCGUCGCUGCCGAAGGGCAUCAAGGCCAUCUUCGUGACGGUGGAUGCGCCGGUACCGGGCAAGCGUGAGGCCGAUGAGCGGGUGCGCGCAGACGAGGGGCUGUCGGCCCCCAUGACAGGGGCCAAAGCGAUCAAUGACAAGAAGGGCGGUGGCCUCGGCCGCAUCAUGGGCUCGUACAUCGACGCCAGCCUCACGUGGGACGACCUGCGCUGGCUGCGCAGCGUCACCGACCUGCCCAUCAUACUCAAGGGCGUCCAGAGCGCCGCUGAUGCCCGCCUCGCUGCACAGGCUGGCGUGCAGGGCAUCGUGCUGAGCAACCACGGCGGCAGGAGCCUCGAUACGGCACCCCCAUCCGUCUUGAUCUUGCUCGAGCUGCAGAAGUGCACGCCUGAGGUGUUUGACAAGUUGGAGGUGUACGUCGAUGGCGGCAUCAGGCGUGGCACGGAUAUUCUCAAGUGCUUGUGCUUGGGCGCCACGGCUGUCGGCAUGGGUAGGCACUUUUUGUACGCGCUGAACUACGGGCGCGAGGGCGUCGAACAUUUCAUUGAUGUGAUGAAGGAUGAGCUGGAGACGUCGAUGAGGCUGGUCGGCAUCACCGAUCUGAGCCAGGUGCAUCCGGGCUUGGUCAACACGCUGGAAGUGGACCAUCUGGUACCCUCGACUACCGACCAUCCCUAUGCCAAGUGGUCGCCGAAGCCUCGCACAUUCCCUAAGGCGCGGUUGUAG